AUGGGUUGUAGUAGCCAAAGCAUGUUGGAGUACCCAGCCUACUUGGAGUCCCUAGCAGUGGGGCUAGAAGGUGCUUCACCUGGGGUCUUCUACAUUCUGCUGAGGAACCUUAAUACCCACGUUGGCAAUGACAAUUCUGAGGCUAAAUUAGAGGCAGAUACAGAGAAGAGCCAAAGCCGUUACAAUCUGCGCCGCAGGAAGGAUGCGAAAGUAGCUGAAGCUAAAGCAGAACAGCAAGAGGAAAAAGAUGGAAAGGUCCUAGCAGCUGCUGCAGCCUCCUCCUCCACCCCUCUUGAUUUUGGAGGGAAACUUGGAGUAAUCUUUUGGCUGCUCUUCCUGCCAGCUUGGGUUCUGUUUCUGAUCCUCCAAGUCAACCAGGAGGAUCCAAGUCUGACAAACUUCCCUCCUGCUCUGCCUCCACUUGAAUCUUUCUGGGAUUUCCAAGCAUUUGGCUUCAUCCUCCUCUGGAUUUUUUUUCAGGCUCUGCUUUAUGUUUUACCUGUUGGAAAGCUGAGUGAAGGCAUGCCGCUGAGGUCUGGAGAGAAGCUCAAGUACAGAACUAAUGGGUUUUUUGCCAUCGUGGUUAGUGCUGUAGGGGUGGCAGCAGGAGUAUAUCUAGGUGUAGACCUCACCUACAUCCACAGCAACUUCCUGCAGCUAGCCACAGCCUCCUUCCUCAUCUCCAUGUUGCUCAGCAUCUACCUGUUUGUCCGCUCUCGCUCUGCCAGCCCUGAGCAGCUGGCUCUGGGUGGAAGCUCAGGUAAUGUGGCGUAUGACUUUUUCAAAGGACGUGAGCUUAAUCCCCGCAUCAAGAACUUUGAUCUGAAAUUUUUCUGUGAAAUGCGCCCUGGACUUAUUGGCUGGUGUUUGGUGAACUUUGCCAUGGCUCUGGCUGAGAUGAAGCAGCAGCGUCUGGAUGCUCCAUCAUGUUCCAUGAUCCUCGUGAACCUCUUCCAGUUGCUGUAUGUGGUGGAUGGCCUGUGGAAUGAGGAGGCCAUCCUCACCACCAUGGAUUUGAUGCAUGAUGGUUUUGGCUUCAUGCUGGCUUUUGGUGAUCUGGUGUGGGUUCCCUUCACUUACACCUUGCAGGCUUAUUACCUGGUGGGUCACCCAAACCCUCUGAGCCUCCCCAUCCUCUCAGCCAUCGUCCUUCUCAAACUAAUUGGAUUCUACAUAUUCAGAAAGUCUAACUCUGAGAAAAAUGCCUUCAGGAGAAACCCAUCAGACCCUAAACUGUCCCAUCUGAAAACCAUCCCUACAGCUACAGGGAAGAGUCUAUUAGUCUCAGGCUGGUGGGGUGUGGUCCGCCACCCCAACUAUCUGGGAGACCUCAUCAUGGCUCUGGCCUGGUCCCUACCAUGUGUGCCCGCCAAGGGACUGGACUAA